AUGGAGGCGCCCCAAUUUGCGCGAAUCCACGGGGCAGUUGCCUCGCCAGAACAGCGUGUUCGAACGCUUCGUCUGGCAUCUUCAUCCAUCUACCUCAAGCCCGAACGUGUCAAACCAGAUCCCUUGCCAGGCGUCGCAUACAUACCUCCGGAGGAAUACACUUCGGCUUCAACCGACCAUCUGGAGCCAUACUUUCGGCAGAAGGCCGAAGAUCCCGUCUGGCAUCCUGUCAACCAAGAAUCUGCCACCGAACUACCUGUCUCGUCCAUCACGGUCACAGUCGAUGACCUUGAUAUCUGGCUCAGUGAAUGGUGCGAAGUGCACGACGAAGACUGCGGCGAUCCAGGUCGCAUAGUAGAGCCCGUCGACGAUGAUGACAGUAGCGCAGACGAAUGGGAGGAUGGGCAGACUUUCAGGGUCUUGCGAUGUUGCGGCUUUGAUCGGCCGCCUGAGCAUGAGCCGCUGGUGGUCCGCGGAGUCAAGCCUCUGCCAUCGGAUACAAGGUUGGUAUUAGAGAGUCCAUUUGGCACAAGCCUCAUGGCGACGGCCUAUGCGACGUGGGGCGCGCCGUUGAAGUUGCCAGAGGAGCACCUCAACCACAACGGCAUGAUGGAACUGAACGGCGCGGUGAACAGUAAUGAGCAGAUCUUGCAAAGGUAG